AUGCCUGCUGUGGUGGCGGCUGGACAGUCGCCAACUUUGGCUGAUGUGGACCAUGUUUCCAGCAGGUCUUCGUCUUUGAGGAGCAGCAGCACAGCACAGACUGCCAUUUUGCGAACGCCGCAGCAGUUUCCAGAUGUCGCUGGCCACGGGAGUUUGCAGAGAAGACCACGGAUGGUUGAUAGUCUCCCCGGGUCUUCUGCCACUCUGCCAAGAAAUCUGAAUGCUGUCAGGAAUGUGCAGCAAUUGCAACCAACGCCUGUUUAUUGGAACCAGGUGGAGCCAUUUACUCCUCCAAGACCUGCUUUCCCUGUGGAUCCUCGGACCAUGGGAUAUAGGACUUCAACUCCAGUCUUGAAUCAAGGCCAGUGGGCUACACCAAGGCCAAUGAAACCAAUGACCCCUGUGAGACCGAACCCUGCGUUGCCGUACGAGUUGCCUUAUCGGCAGUUUCAGCCUAACCCUGGGGACCCAGUAAGCCCCAACUACCAGAACCUUCCCCCACACCCGACCAUGGGAUAUAGGACUUCAACUCCAGUCUUGAAUCAAGGCCAGUGGGCUACACCAAGGCCAAUGAGACCAAUGACCCCUGUGAGACCGAACCCUGCGUUGCCGUACGAGUUGCCUUAUCGGCAGUUUCAGCCUAACCCUGGGGACCCAGUAAGCCCCAACUACCAGAACCUUCCCCCACACCCGUAUUUCCAGUAUUAUCCGAGAUUUGGAGAAGUGCCUCAUUAUAGCCCUGUGUACACUCAACAAACCAUGAGAAAGGAUGUUGGUUACAGAGGUAUCAAUCCUGGGUAUGUGGCGAGCAGAAUGCCUGUACCCCAACCCAGAAAUUCUCAGUACUACAAAAGUAGUGACUAUGUGAACCAAAGCCUGUGUGCUAGUAUUGGAGUGCCUGCAGCAGCUGCGGGCCAAGUCCAAGGUGCAUCCAGUCAGGAGUUGAGCACUGAGUUGUGAGGCUGAGCUGUGCGGGAAGAUUUAUUUUACUCAAGUGCGCUUUUCCCUGUUUAUCAUGAUUGUUGUUGGAGAGGAAAUAAACCCAUUUUUGCAUUUA